AUGGGGCGAGGAACGUACACGGCCGUGCUAUCAAUGAAUGUCCCUGAAAACGAUCCUUUUUUCAAAAUUUGGCUGGCGUCGGUGAAGGACUCAGAGUCAACAAGCAAAAUUAUACUCAACGGAAAACAUGUGCACGUCAAGGGGGGCCAUGAAGGCUUCGUAAGGAUCAUGCCACCUUACGAUCACCGAUUCUUGGAGCUCCAGCACCAUAAUUCUACCAUGAAGUUAAAUGAGGGUUUUACGGGGACCAAGGGCAUUGUUAUUACCAGUCUGGACCGCGAGGAACGAUAUAGUUUUACUUUAGCUGACGUGUCCUGCGAGCGGAUUUCUGGCUCCACAGAUGCUGCCAUUCAUCCACUUCCCGUGAACUAUUAUGCGUGGUUCCUUUUGGCGGCCAAGGCUGCCACCGGCUGUGUGUCACUCGGUGCAUUCAGUGCCCGAUCUUUGUUUCCACCAUCUAAGGUCCGUCUCGCUGUGGCGGAAUUUUACUCUCAGAAGAUUAAAAUUAAUUUAAAGCUACCUUUCGCAGACGGCAGCCGGUGGUGCGUUGAUGGCAAACGCGUCUGUUACAUAACCUACGCUGACCUGGACAAAUACCUGAGUCAUUUUCAAACACGGUUUCAGGAUGAAGAUUAUGAUGUUGAUAAUGAUGUUGUUGUUGUUGUUGUUGUGGAUGAUGACGAUGAUGAUGAUCAUGAUGAUGAUCAUGGUGCGACUUCGAGCCCGAUAGAAAUGAGUCGGCGCUCAUCAGGGAAAUAA